AUGUUUCUUGCAAAGGCUCUAUUGGAAGGAGCAGAUCAAGAUCGAGGUCUUGGACAAGCUCUUGGAGACCUUCUUGGAGGAGGCGGUCAGAAAAGAAGAGGAGCAGGAAAUAUUGGAGGGAUAGUUGGAGGAAUUGUGAAUUUUAUCAGUGAGGCUGCAGCUGCUCAGUAUACCCCGGAACCACCACCCACUGAGCAGCAUUUCACCAACGUGGGAAGUGAGGAAGUUAGGCGGUUUCGGCAACAAUUUGCACAACUGGCUGGACCAGACAUGGAGGUGGGUGCCACUCACCUAAUGAAUAUUCUCAACAAAGUCCUGUCUAAGCACAAGGAUCUGAAGUCUGACGGCUUUAGUCUUGACACCUGCCGGAGCAUCGUGUCCAUCAUGGACAGUGACACAACUGGAAAGCUGGGCUUCGAAGAAUUUAAGUAUCUCUGGAGAAACAUCAAGAAAUGGCAGCGUGUUUAUAAGCAAUAUGACAGGGACCAUUCUGGGUCUCUGGGAAGUUCUCAGCUGCGGGGGGCUCUGCAGGCAGCAGGCUUCCAGCUAAAGGAAUAAUUUUACCAAAUGAUUGUCCGCCGAUAUGCCGAUGAGGAUGGAAGGAAGCCCAGAAGUAUGGAUUUUAACAACUUCAUCAGCUGCCUGGUUCGCCUGGAUGCCAUGUUUCGUGCACCCAAAUCCCUGGAUAGAGAUGUGGAUGGCCUGAUUCAGGUGUCUAUCCAAGAAUGGCUGCAGCUGACCAUGUAUUCCUAA